AUUGGCCAGGGGGAGAGGGGCAGAGCGGCAGUGAUUGGCCAGGGGGAGAGGGGCGGGCCCGAGCGGCCCAGACCCCGGCCCCGAGCCCGCGGCCCUGCCGUGUCCCGCUGGACGGAGCCGGCCCGGAGCCGCCGCCCGCCAUGGAGGCCGCGCUGCCCCCCGCCGCUCUCGACCUGAACGCGGAGCGAGAGAAGAUCCGGCGGGAGAUAGAGGAGCUGGAACGGAGCUUGGAGCCCGGCGGAGCCAGCCUGGAGAUGGCCGUGUCCGACUCUAGCCUUAGCUCCGCCACGGAUGAUGGUGAAGAUGAUGAUGAUGACUUGGAUUCUCCAGCUGAAAUGGAAAUGGGGAGGGGAGAGGACAGUAGUGAUGAUGACAUUGAAAGCAGCCUGCCACAGGAUCCAGAAACUUGCCUGCAGAUAAACCAUGUGUACCAGGAAGUCAUCCAGGAAAAGCUUGAGGAGGUCGAGCUGCUUCUUGCACAAAACAGAGAGCAACAGAAAGAGCUCACGUGUGAGCUGAGUGGUCCAAAAAUAGCAAAAGCAGGAGAUGGUAGGAAUCUACCAGCAAAUAUAUUUUUGGGUCACUUUAUGAAGCCAUACUUUAAGGAUAAAACAACAGGAAUUGGCCCUCCUUCCAAUGAAGACACCAAGGAAAAGGCAGCUCAGGGGAUAAAAUCCUUUGAACAACUGAUUUCAACAAAAUGGAAAAGCAGGGAGAAGACUCUGCUGCAGAAGUCAAUUGUAAGUGACCGCUUGCAGCGCCUGCUUCAGCCAAAGUUACUGAAGAUGAGUUACUGGAAUCAGAAACUGGAGAAAGUCAAGACCGAAGUAGAGAAACAGAUCUUGGAAAAGCAGAUCAAAGAAGUGGAGCAAGAAAUAGAGGCGAUUAACAAACUCCCAGAAAGUGACUUGUUGGGAAGCAGAUUCGAUGAGCAUGACUGGGAGAAGAUUUCAAACAUCCAUUUUGAUGGACAACGAAGUUCAGAUGAACUGAGGAAAUUCUGGCAAAACUGGGAGCAUCCAAGCAUCAACAAAAAGGAAUGGACUGAGAAGGAAAUACAGAGGCUGAAGGAGAUAGCUUCUAAACACCGUUGUCUGGACUGGCAGACAAUAGCCCAGGAGCUGGGGACAAACAGGACACCUUUCCAGUGCCUGCAGGAGUAUCAAGUCAAUAACAAAGACCUGAAAAGGAAGGAAUGGACCAGAAGUGAAGAUCAGAUGCUGUUAGAGCUCGUUCAAAAGAUGAGAGUAGGAAGUCAUAUCCCAUACAAGAAAAUUGCUUAUUACAUGGAAGGAAGAGAUUCUGCUCAGCUGAUUUAUCGAUGGACAAAGAGCGUGGACCCCAGUUUGAAGAAGGGCCCUUGGACAGCAGAGGAAGAUGCUAUGCUGUUGGCUGCAGUGAAGAAGUAUGGGGAGCGUGACUGGUACAAAAUCCGGACAGAGGUGCCGGGGAGGAGCGAUGCGCAGUGCAGAGAUCGGUACUUAAAAGCAUUGCACUAUGAUGUGAAGAAAGGCAGAUGGACUUUUGAGGAAGAGGAGCAGCUAAUUGAACUGGUUCAGAAGCAUGGCCUGGGUCACUGGAGUAAAAUAGCUUCUGAGCUGCCCCAUCGGACUAGCUCCCAGUGUCUAAGCAAGUGGAAGCUCAUGAUUGGCUCUAAGAAUAAAUGCAGGCCAACAAAACGCCAACACGUGGAAGAAAGUUCUAGCUCUUCAGAAAGCAGCAGUGAAGAUGUUGAACUGGACUUGGCAGACAGCUCAGAGGAGGAGACAACAAGCAAGAAGAAGAAACCUGUGUUUCCCAGCAUUGAUUUGUGGGUACCCACAUGGACAGAUACACAGGAGUCAAAGAAAGGAAGAUACCAAACUCCAUCCCUUUUCUCUCCUGCGAGUGCUGGUACCCAGAGCAGCAGCGACGAAGUUUCAAGAGCAGCACAUAAUGGAGACAAGAGCAGCACUGCUGAUAAAUCAUCAGAGCUGAACACCCUCCUGAGGGGCAUUGCACGACCACAUUCAACAGACAUUGUUGUGAAGAACCCAGCAGAAGUUCUGAGCGAGGCUUCAAGAUGUGGGAAGCAAGUGCUGCGGGUUACCGUGGAGGACGUGAGGAGAGUAUUAAGACGUAACACUUUCUUCCAGGGGAAACUUCAAUCAAAGAUACUAAAGCCACCUGCCCUUCUAACAAAGCCAUCUGGAGGUUGUGCAGCUGGCCAGAAGCCUCAGGGGCUGCAGAACACCACAGAGAAGGUUUAUCGGCAAGAGAGAGAGCGACUGAAAAGGAUGAGACUGGACAGAAAGCUCCUCAUGGCAGUGACACCUUGGGUGGGCAAUGUGCUCCUGCCGUACACCUUGCAGGCUGGGAAGCUGGCAUUUCAGCAUACAAAAGCUGAUGCUAUUCAAGAGAAGAUGAAGUCAGUCAGCCUUGCAAGCACUCCUCUCUUCACACUUUUCAUUCAGCUCUUUCAGAUUGAUACCAAGGGCUGCAUGAAGGUCAUCCGUGAGAGAAGGCUGAAGCAGGCAGAGUUGGUUCAGGCUGACACAAGAAGGCCUCAGCAGGCUUCCCAAAAUGUGGAGACUUCUUCAGGCAAUUCAUCACAGCCUGGUACUCAGAGGAACUCCCUCAGGGGCAUACCAAAGAGUGCUGUCAGGAGACCUGCUGUCUCUGAGAGCAGCACUCCUGCCACACAGGGAGCUCCUCCAGCCCAAGUGCAAAGGCACAAGCCUAAAACUGUCUCGGAACUGCUGAGGGAGAAGCGGCUCAGGGAAUCCCAGGCUAAGAAAGCUACAGGGAAGGCAGUAUUUGUUACUCCACAGGUGCUGGUUUCAGGGCCUCUGAUAAUCCAGAGCCCACCACAGCAAAUCAUUCCUUCUGCACAAGCAGGGAGCAAACCUGGAGCAGUUGGUUGUACAAAUAGCCAAGUACAGUGUGUACCAGCUCCACUGCCAGCAUUCACUUCUGUUGCAGGUUCAACUUCUACCACUGCUGUGCUUGAAAACCAUUCCUCAUCAGUACCAGAAAGUGGGAAAAACCUUGGUUCCUCACAAGGGACAGAGGUACAAUCCAAUAAGGAAAUAAAAGACAAAGCUUUGGAAAGUAGCUCUGAAGGAGGGGCAAAUCCAGCUGCAGCAGAGAAGGCCCCAGAUCAGAGAGGGUGCAAUGGUCAGGUGCUAGCUGGUAGCUCAGCUCCAGUAGUGUUGCAAAACCAAGCUUUUGUGCCACAUCAGAUUACAGUGAUGCCUGUUGGCAUUGAUUCUGGCACCAACAAAUUACCAGUGACUGCACCAGUUGCCUGUAAGAUGAGCAGAAGUGAGCCACAACAGAGACCAGUCAAUCUGCUGCCUGCUGUUGUAACUCCCCAGACUGGUUCACAUUUGAUUCCCAACAACAUCCUGCCCUUCACCUGGGUUGUGAUGCCACAGGCUUUGCUCCCCACUGCUGUACAAACCGUGGUGGGUGUUCCCCAAGGACUGCCAGCUGCUGCUGUCAGAAGUCCAUGUCGGACCACUGUGACUUCCAGCGGCAGCCCUUCGAGCUCAGCAGUGCCUCCUGUGCCAGCUGGAGCAAAUCUGCCUCAGCCCAGCAGCGCAGAGACUAAAGCAGGCAGUGCCCAGCCAGCAGCGGCAGGGCCUUUGGGAAGGGCAGCUAACCACUCCACAGCUCUCCUACCUGUGACCUCAGCCAGUCCUGGAUGUGCCACAGCAGCCACUGUUUCUUCUGCAGCAGCUACAUGUUCAGGUGGCUUCUCCAAGACUUCUGACUCCCCUGCAGCUCAGACUGCUCCUCCAGCUGAUGCACCAAGCUUGUGUGCUGUGCUGCUGCCACAACCACAGCUGUCUGCCAGCGCUCAAGGGACUGAUUCCCAAGGUGCAUCGAAUCUCAGUAGCUUGGGAAAGAGCCAUGACUCCAGUGCAGCUUCCAAUCCAAGCAUCAUCACAAAAGGGAUCAUGCUCCAGCCAGGAGCAGUCACCCAGAACAGUGUCCCAAGGAACUCGAAUAGCUUUGCUGCACGAGCAGUGAAAAACAGACCUAUUGCCUCCAAACCUCCGAGCACGCAGCCUGCCGAUGCUCCAGCCCAGCCAACCACUUCCAGUGCAGAAAAGAAUCUGCUUGACUUCAGCCUCAUUUCCCUGGAAGCCGAGGGGCUAGUGAAGGAGUGGCUGAGUGGGAAGCAAGGUGUCCACGUACCCCCACUGCAAACUAGGUUGCCUUAUCUGCCACCUUUUCUGUGCAACUUAAAAACCCUCUCAAAGCUGCUUCUGCAGAAAGCGGCUCUAGAAGAGCAAGCAGCAUCUCUUCUGCCUUCUGGUGCCAGUCAGGGUGAGGGCACUGGGCUUGAUUUGCAGGCCAUUGGAGACCUGGUGCAGCAGAAACUCGGUGAUAACCCUGCUUACCUCCUGUUGAAAGCCAGAUUCCUAGCAGCCUUUACGCUCCCAGCUGUGCUAGCAACUCUGCCUCCUCCAAAAAUGAUGACAACUCUGUCCACCAUGAGGAAUCAGUGUGAAGAGAGUGAUGAAGAAGAGUGGCAGAGUGAGAAGGAAGCGUCUGACGAGGAGAGUGAUGGGAAUGAAUCUGCAGGUGAACAGUCAGAUGGGAGGUCUGAUGAUGAGCCCAGAAACAAAGAUGCUGAUUUACUAUAUCAGGGCAUGGGAGCUGAAGAGAAUGCUGCACAGUCUGCCUUGGGCUCCUGCACUGAGGUGGCUGCUGGCAGUGCUCCUCUGAUCAGAAGGAGUGCCCGCCUCAGGAAAAGGAGGAGGAUCUGAGGAGGAAAUGUGAGUCACUUGGAUGAGCACUGCCUCCCUACGUGGCAGUUAGGAGAACUCUUUGCACUACUCACUUUUAAUGCUUCCACGGCACUGACCAGCCAGACCUGAGGAAGAGAGGGAAAAUAGCUGGACUGGUUUUCCCAUCACCUGGCAAACUGUCUGCACCUUGAGACAAGCUGCAAACAGUGAAACAAAACCACUGGAGGAAAAUCUUUCAGGCCUAGACUAGCACCUGCCACGGGUGCCCUGGGUGAAGGUGGUUGGAGACCUGAGGGGAAGCAGCACCGAUGGUUAUUUAUUUCCUUUUCAUGUCAGCCCCUAUUUAUGUCAGUGUUUAUCCACCUUCAGAAUGCCUUGUCCUUUGGGUGGGUUUGUUUUCAUUCAGUGCUGUGACAGUGGUUUUGCUCCGUAGCUAACUGACUGGAUGCUGCUGAAUGAGCAGCAGCUUCAUUUUGUAUCCAAAAAUGAGCCUGGAGGAUUUGUUGGAAAUACAGAUGUUUUAUUUUUCUCACUUAAAAA